AUGUCGCUGUCUCCGCCCGCGAUAUCAGGGAAGAAAUACCCUUCCCUCCCUUCGAAAAUCAUCUUGACCUCGACGAAGGCCUAUUUCUCGCCGGCCCGCACCAUUCAAUACCUGGAAUCCAUCCUCGCGCCCGCGACAGACAUUCUACCUCUGCUGGAAUCGCACCGCGCAGAGAUGCUCUUCGUGCUCAUCCCGGACUUCCUGACAAUCUACCCGUGCGCGAGGAUUCUCUCGGAGCGGUACGCUGCUGUCCAGCAGGAAGAGGGCGCCACGUCGUCCUCGUCGUCGUCCUCGUCAUCGUCCUCGGCAUGGCCCCUCCUCCUGGGCGCCCAGAACGCAUUCUGGAGCGCAUCGUACGGCGCAUACACGGGCGAAAUCGUGCCCUCGGCGCUGUCCAGCCUGGGCUGCAGCAUCGUGGAGCUGAACCACGCCGAGCGGCGGCGGCUGCUGGCCGAGACGGACGAGACGGCGGCCUUGAAAGCCGCGGCGGUCACGGACGCGGGCAUGGUGCCGCUGGUGUGUGUCGGGGAGAUAGAGAAGCCGGACCUCGCGCGCGGAACCCCGCUCAGCAUGGCGGUCGGCCAGGCGAUGCGCCAGCUCGCGCCGCAGAUCGAGAGCGUGCUGCGCGCCGUGCCGCCGGACGCGCCCGUCAUCCUCGCGUACGAGCCCGUCUGGGCCAUCGGCGCCGCGGAGCCCGCGGGCGUCGAGUACGUCGGCCCUGUGGUGCAGGCGAUCCGCCAGGUUGCGGCGGGCGUGGUGCGAGCGAGGACCGCGCCAGUCAAGGUUGUCUACGGCGGGAGUGCUGGGCCCGGGCUGUGGAGCGGCACCGCGAAUGGUGGCAACGGGCUGGGCCAGUAUGUUGAUGGGCUGUUUCUGGGGAGGUUUGCGCAUCAGGUUGACGGUGUCAAGGCCGUGUUGGGGGAGGUGGUCCAGAGUUUGGCGAAGAGCUAG